GUCUCGAUCAGUCAGGUCUGUCAGACUGAAAGGUCGAUGAAGGAGAACUCGAUGUCCAUGCGGAAGUGGCUCUAUCCCAGAUCAUUUGGAUAAAUUCACAAGAAAAAACAACCAAAUUAAGAUGUAAAAGGGUCUUGUUGUGGUGUCCAGCUGGAAUCAUCAUGUCCUCCGCUGGUCCAUCUCUGUCGUAUCCCGAGAGCCAUCGUGGGACGUUCUCCUCCGACAGACAUGCUGGGCUCCUGCUGGCUCAGAUGAACAAAAUGCGCCUGCAGUCUGACUUCUGCGAUGUGCGGCUGCUGGUGGGCGGAAGGGUGUUUGGGGUCCACAAGCUGGUGCUGGCUGCCAGCGGCCCAUACUUCACUGCUCUCUUCUCUGGAGCCAUGAGUGAAGCCCAUGAGGAGGAGGUCCGCAUCGCUGGAGUGGAAGCUGAUGUCUUUGAAAUUCUCCUAGAAUUUAUUUACACUGGCUUUAUAGACGUGACGGUGGACACGGUGCAGGAGCUGAUGGUGGCUGCAGACAUGCUGCAGUUGAGUGAGGUGGUGGAUAUAUGUGGAGAAUUCCUGCGGGCUCAUAUGGACCCAUCCAACUGUGUGGGGAUCUAUCGCUUUCUGGAGCAGAUCGCCUGUAUGGAGCUGCUACAGUUCACUGAAGACUACAUCCAUGUCCACUUUCUAGAGGUGUGCGUCUCAGAAGAGUUCUCAAGCUUGUCUAAAGAUCAGCUGGUGAAGCUGCUCCGCAGUGAGGAGCUCAGGAUCGAAGACGAGUAUCAGGUGUUCACAGCUGCUAUGGACUGGCUGCACCAUGACGUGCCGCACAGGAAGAAGCAUGUGGUGGAAGUCCUAGAGCCGGUGCGCUUCCCGCUGCUGUCUCCUCAGAGACUCUACAAGUACAUCGAGGGUAUUUCUGACUUCAGUUUGCGAGUUGCAUUGCAAACCCUUCUGAGAGAGUACACUGAAGUCAACAAGUCCCCUAAAGAGAGCAAACCUUUCAGCCUUCUGCAGACGGCCAAGGCCCGGCCCCGGAGAAAAGCCCGCAAGUAUCUCUAUGCCAUUGGCGGUUACACUCGUCUGCAGGGCGGCCGAUGGAGUGACAGUCGGGCUUUGAGUUGCGUUGAACGCUUUGAUUCGUUCAGUCAGUUCUGGACCACCGUGUCUUCCCUGCAUCAGGCCCGCAGUGGACUCGGGGUGGCCGUCCUGGAAGGCAUGAUAUAUGUAGUGGGGGGAGAAAAGGACUCCAUGAUUUUCGACUGCACAGAGCGGUAUGACCCAGUGACCAAGCAGUGGGCAGCAGUGGCGUCUCUGAACUAUCCACGCUGUGGGGUCGGAGUUUGUUCCUGUCAUGGAGCUCUUUACGCACUUGGUGGCUGGAUUGGCUCAGAAAUCGGGAAGACCAUGGAACGUUAUGACCCGGAAGAAAAUAAAUGGGAGGUUAUUGGGAGCAUGGCUGUUCCUCGAUAUUAUUUUGGCUGCUGUGAGCUGCAAGGCUUCAUCUAUGUGAUCGGUGGCAUCAGUGAUGAGGGUACAGAGCUGCGCUCGGCUGAGGUUUACGACCCCAUCUCUCGCCGCUGGAGCGCCCUGCCUGUCAUGGUGACCCGGCGGGCGUAUGUGGGUGUAGCUAGCCUCAAUAACUGCAUCUACGCUGUAGGAGGCUGGAAUGAGGCUCUUGGAUCUUUGGACACAGUGGAGAAGUACUGCCUGGAGGAGGAGAAGUGGGUGGAGGUGGCGCCGAUGGCCGUCCCGCGCGCUGGGGUAACGCUUGCAGCCGUUAAUGGUUUGUUAUAUGCGGUGGGAGGUCGGACCUCGAGCCGGGACUUUUCAGCACCGGUCACUGUAGACUCAGUCGAAAUCUACGACCCCCACCUGGACACGUGGACGGAGAUCGGCAACAUGAUCACCAGCCGCUGUGACGGAGGUGUAGCUGUGCUCUGAUAGGCCACAUAUUAACACCCAGCAACACAUCACUCCACCCUUUUCCAGUGUCUAGUUUAUGAUCGUUUUUAAAUGAGUGAAGAUCGUUCUCUUGUUGUCAAGGUGAGUCUUUUUAUUCUUUGUUUUGAGACACUGUGAGAUCAUGAGCCAUUAAAACAUUUGUGUAACAGCACUUCUAACAGCAAACAGCCAGAAGAUUCACAGCCUGCUUCAGUAA